AUACGGGUUAUUAGCUUAGCAUCCUCAUCAUAUACAUAUAAUAAAGGAAAUAAUAAUUAUUACUUGAACUUAAUUAAUUACCAAAAUGGAUGUUGUUUUCAUCAAGAAAAGGUUCAUUAUGAUUGCCUUAUUGUGUAUUGGCAAGGUACCGUUCUAUGUGACUACAUGUCCAAAAGCCGAGUCCAUUGUCAAGUCCAUGGUUCAAUCCCAUCUUAACUCCGACCCUGCUCUAGCUGCUGGCUUACUCAGUAUGCACUUCCAUGAUUGCUUUGUCCAAGGUUGUGACGCUUCUGUCCUCGUUACCGGCUCUGCCACCGAGAAAACAGCAUUUGCAAACCUCGGACUUAGAAGAUUCGAGGUCAUUGAUGACCCAAAGACACAACUCGAGGCUGCAUGUCCUGGCGUUGUGUCUUGCGCCGAUAUUGUUGCCCUUGCUGCUCGCGACUCCGUCCUCCUGAGCGGUGGAUUGAGUUGGCAAGUGCCUACCGGACGUAAAGAUGGUCGUGUGUCACAAGUUUCGGAUGUUAACAACUUGCCUGCACCUACGGACUCUGUUGAUGUUCAAAAACAGAAGUUUGCAGCAAAGGGCCUCAACACAAAGACCUCAUUACCUUUGUAG